AUGGUUGCAAAAGAGAGGCAUGUGUUAUUUGUUCAAGAUGUAAAGAAGGUGAGAGAAGAUGUAAACUUCAAACUUCAGGAACUACGCGAAGACAUGGAGAAAAAAUAUCGGUUGUUCGAACUGAGUUUGAUUCCAUCAACAAAAAGUCUUCUUCCAACUACUUAUGCCCCACCUGCUAGCACAGGGGUGCAAGGGGGAGAAAACAUAUUUGCAUGUUCAAAGACUGGAGGAGAGGAUUCAAAAGUAGUGGGGAGGUUAUUUUCUUCGAAAAUCCGAACAACAAAACCGAUAAUGGCAACAGCUGGUCAAAUCACUUCAACAGUUGUAACAACUGUGCCAAUCACGAAACCGAAAGGAAUUGUGAUUGGUAAAACUGGAGACAUUGGUGGAAGUGCUUCCAAGCCUAGAGAUGAUGUCGUUGAGUUGGUUCAGAAUCAAAAGGUAAAGAUAUUCUGA